AUGCAUGAUCAAAUUGAUAAGUUCAAAGAAUACUUAACUCAAAAUUCAAUAUCGGGUGGCAUUUUUCUCCAAAUUCCUAAUUUCAGGAACAAUGCUUACGAUUAUGGUUAUUUUGCAGAGUUAUCACUAAUUGAGGCAUGUGCCUACUUUGGAUCUGUUAACAUUUUUUAUUUCUUGAUUUCGAACCAAAUCAGUGAAAUAACUGAAAAUUGUCGUAUCUACUCAGUAAUUGGAGGAAAUCAAGACAUCAUCAACGAAUGCAUGAAAGAAAAUAAAAUGGAUAUUGAUUGUCUCAGAAGCAUUAUACGGGCACACAAUCACGAAUUGCUUGAAUAUGUUUUAGAUAGAGAGAUAUUCGAGCUUGAUGAUUUAUACGGUGAGGAUUGGGGAAAAGCAGGGAAUUGUAUGGGAGAUGCAAAUUAUAGACCUAUUUACAAAGAUAUCAUCAGAUAUCAAAACCUUAAUGCUGUAUUUCUUCUAUUCAAAAGGAACAAAUAUUACAUCUUUCCAUGGGGUGCUGCAUUUCCGCAAACAAUAGAUAUUUUCAAAAACAAUACAUUUUCUAACAAACAUAAUCACACUAAAUGUGGAAUUAUUUAUUUUGCAAGUAAAGCGCAAAAUUCUGAUAUUUGCAGAUUAUUACUUGAGUCAUACAAUCAAAUUAUAGUCAACAAUAAACAUGGUAUAAAUAUCAAUGACAAAGAUAAGCAUGGACAAACCGCACUCCAUAUUACAGUAAGUAAUAAUAGUAAAGAAACAGCCGAACUUCUUAUUUCACAUGGUGCAAAUAUCAAUGAAAAAGAUGAUGAUGGACGAACCGCACUUCAUAUUACAGCAAGUAAUAAUAGUAUAGAAACAGCCGAACUUCUUAUUUCACAUGGUGCAAAUAUCAAUGAAAAAGAUGAUGAUGGAAGAACCGCACUUCAUUAUGCAGCAAGAAAAAAUAGUAAAGAAACAGCUGAAGUUCUUAUUUCACAUGGUGCAAAUAUCAAUGAAAAAGAUGAUGAUGGACAAACCGCACUUCAUAUUACAGCAAGUAAUAAUAGUAUAGAAACAGCCGAACUUCUUAUUUUACAUGGCAUAAAUAUCAAUGAAAAAGAUAAUGAUGGAAAAACCGCACUUCAUAUUACAGUAAGUAAUAAUAGUAAAGAAACAGCCGAACUGCUUAUUUCACAUGGUGCAAAUAUCAAUGAAAAAGAUGAUGAUGGACAAACCGCUCUUCAUAUUGCAACAAAAAAUAAUAGAACAGAAACAGCUGAAGUUCUUAUUUCACAUGGAGCAAAAAUCAAUUAA